AUGCUGAGCCCCCGCCGCCUCUGCAGAGGUCAGCCCGCCGCGCACCCACCGCCGCCGGCCGGGGAGGAGGCGCGGGGCCGGCGCGGGGCAGGGGACGCGGCGCUCCCGGGGUCCUCGGCCGCCCGGCCCGCGCGCUCGCCGCGCCCGCCGCGCUCCGCUCCGCCCUCGGCUCUGCCUCCCGCUCUGCGCGCGGCGCGGCUCCGGCCCCCUCCCCCCGCGGCCUCCCCCGCGCCCGCCUCCCGGGAGGGACCUCGCCGCCCGCGGCCGCUCGCCCCCGCGACGCCGGCCGGACCCCUCCCCGGGGGCCGCAGGGCCCGCUCGCCCCCAUCUGGCCAGUGCCGGCCCUGGCUGCCUGCCCAGCGCCCCUGGACCACGGGCCGCGUCCCGUCCCGACCCGCCGGGGCGAUCCCGGAGAGGCCCCGGGCUUCCUUCCGCUCUCCUCCUCCCCACUUCUCAGCUGGAGGCCCCUCCUCCCCGCCCGCCCGGGGUCGCCGGGUGAGGGGCUGCGGGCAGACUGGUCAGCACCCAGCCUCCUCCGGCAAGAGGCUGCCUUUAGCGGAGGGGCCGCAGGGUCCCUGCCAGGGAGGUCACUCCGGAGCCAUGGCCACAUGGCACAAGGAUGGGGCCCAACAAAGGCUAAAGGAUCCCCUACUGCGGGGGCAGGGCCAGCCUCAGCCCCGGCUCUCCUCAGGGGUGGGCCACGAAGCUCAGAGGCCCGCGUCGUAG